GACCAGGGGUAUCGGUCCCAGCGUCUCCGUCUCGCAGAACAGCGUCUAAAUUUAGAUUUCGGAGAAGACUGUGUUGUCUAAGGGUUUGUCUGAGCCGCCUCGGAAGACCUCUGGCCCUUGUCCGGUAAAUCCUGGGAAUUUACCUGGGCUCGUGCUUGAAGAAGCCGAGGGAACAUCUCGGCUGAUGACACACAGACCCAACCCGAGGGGGCACAGGGUGAAGGGCGAGGCGGCUAAGUGACCGGCUUUCUUGUCCUCUCCGUCCUGGCAGAUACAAAUCACUUGGAUUCAGGCGAGUUUACUUUGCUCCGUGGGAACGGCACCAGAGCUGGAGAUAUGAUAGAAGACUGCCUGAAAGCUGCUUCCUUUGCCACUUCCUGUGGAGGCCUGUCUUUGCCAUUUGCGGUUUCUUUCUUCUUUUGGUUAGCACCUUGCACGGAGAUAGUAAUAUAUCCAGUUGUGAAACUGGGAAAGGCCAGAGCUCUCAGAUCUGGGAAACAUGUCCCGUCGGAAACAGACAAAUCCGAACAAAGUUCACUGUUGUAAAUGGAAUUGAGAUUCUGCAGUUAAAUUUGUGAAGUAGCAAUUGAUCACCUUUUGAAAGAAGUCAAGACUAGGAGGAUUUAAGAGAAGCAAGCAAUGCUUUCUAGAGCAUCUGGCUUACUGCCCAGGAAGAGCAGCUACGCCCAGAAGCUGUUGGAGGCAGCAAGCUGACUUGGAGAUGAAUGACCCCACCACAGGGGGAUCAAGUAUUUGCUGGGCUAGAAGAGCAAGCCCGCCAGGCGAUGAUGAAAACUGAUUUUCCUGGAGACCUUGGCAGUCAGCGACAAGCUAUCCAACAACUAAGAGAUCAGGACUCCAGUAGCAGUGACAGUGAGGGUGAUGAAGAGGAGACCACACAGGAUGAAGUCUCUUCCCACACGUCAGAGGAAGAUGGAGGGGUGGUCAAAGUGGAAAAAGAGUUAGAAAGCGCAGAGCAGCCUGUUGGUGGGAACGAAGUGCUAGAGCAUGAGGUCACAGAGAAUUUGAAUUCUGACCCCUUGCUCGAACUCUGCCAGUGUCCCCUUUGCCAGCUGGACUGCGGGAGUCGGGAGCAGCUGAUCGCUCAUGUGUACCAGCACACUGCAGCAGUGGUGAGUGCCAAGAGCUACAUGUGUCCUGUCUGUGGCCGGGCUCUUAGCUCCCCAGGGUCACUGGGUCGCCACCUCCUAAUCCACUCGGAGGACCAGCGGUCUAACUGUGCUGUGUGUGGAGCCCGUUUCACCAGCCAUGCCACCUUUAACAGCGAGAAACUUCCUGAAGUACUUAAUAUGGAAUCCCUACCCCCAGCCCACAAUGAGGGCCCCUCCAGUGCUGAGGGGAAGGACAUUGCCUUCAGUCCUCCAGUGUACCCUGCUGGAAUUCUGCUUGUGUGCAACAACUGUGCUGCCUACCGGAAGCUACUGGAAGCACAGACCCCCAGUGUACGCAAGUGGGCCCUACGUCGACAGAAUGAGCCUUUGGAGGUACGGCUGCAGCGGCUGGAACGAGAACGCACGGCCAAGAAGAGCCGGCGGGACAAUGAGACCCCCGAGGAGCGGGAGGUGAGGCGCAUGAGGGACCGUGAAGCCAAGCGCUUGCAGCGCAUGCAGGAGACGGACGAGCAGCGGGCACGCAGGCUGCAGCGGGAUCGGGAGGCCAUGAGGCUGAAGCGGGCCAACGAAACCCCGGAGAAGCGGCAGGCCCGACUCAUCCGAGAGCGAGAGGCCAAGCGGCUCAAGAGGAGGCUGGAGAAAAUGGACAUGAUGUUGCGAGCUCAGUUUGGCCAGGACCCUUCUGCCAUGGCAGCCUUAGCAGCUGAAAUGAACUUCUUCCAGCUCCCUGUAAGUGGGGUGGAGUUGGACAGCCAGCUUCUGGGCAAGAUGGCCUUUGAAGAGCAGAACAGCAGCUCUCUGCACUGAACCACACCCUCCUGCCUGCCCCCCUGCCUGCCCACCAACCCAGGCCCACAAGGACCAGUGCUGCCGCCACCCAUAAGGCCCUGUCCUGCGGCCAGAGGCAGGCCCGGGUCUGCUGCAGGUGGACAUGUGCACCCCUUGCAUGUGGGAGCAGGAUGACGAACGAGGUCAGGAGGAACCCGGCUCUGGGCAGCUCUGGACAGGGAGCAGGUACUCCAGAGAACCGGACUUCCCAGCCCACUGCUGCAGGCCAUGCUUAUAGGACCGUGGGGCCCCAGCGUGGCCCAAGUUGUGAGGGCAAAUAAAUUAAUUUUAUCUUUA